GAUCGGGUAGCCACAGUGCCGAAGGUGAUGAUCACUCCAAUUUUUCUGCAUAGCCAUGUUUUUUUUUUACCAUUUUGUCUUUUUGUUUUCUAAAGUCAGCACCAUGAACGUUUCAAUUUUCCUCUUUCUGUCCUUGGGUUUUCAUGGUGUUGGGCUUGAUCCAGAUGAAGUGAAGUCAGUGUCAGUGAUGGAGGGAGAAAAUGUCACGCUACAUGUUGUCAAACAGAAAGAUGACAAGAUCCAGUGGUAUCAUAGACCUGAACAUAAUACUGGUGCAAAAACCCAAGAAGAUGUCUACAACAUCAUAUCACCAGAUGACAAGAAAUGGAAGUUGAAUAAUCAAACAGGAGAUCUCACCAUCACAAACACCACGACUGAAGACUCAGCACUUUAUCAACUUAAGAUCAGGAACAACACUAUCGUCUCAUUCAAGAAGUUCAAUGUUACUGUCUACGCUCAUCUCCCUGUUCCUGUCACCAGCACAUACUGUUCACCUCGUUCUUCGUCAUCAGAAAGAUGUGUUGUGUUGUGUUCAGUGGUGAAUGUGUCACAUGAUGUGAGCGUCUCCUGGUACAAAGGAAAGAGUUUAUUGUCCAACAUCAGUGUGUCUGAUCUCAACAUCAGACUCUCUCUACCUCUGGAGGUGGAAUAUCAGGACACAAACACAUACAGAUGUGUGGUGGACCAUCUCAAGAGAAACCAAACUCGACAUCUCAACGUCACUCAUGUCUGUCAGCCGUGUUCAGAUUCUUCUCACCUGACGGUCAUUGUUACAGUUAAUCUUGUGAUUUGGGGGAUAUGCAUAUUCAUCAUCCUUGUCUACACAAGAAAACAUGGUGUUAAAGCUGUUUGCAUGAAAUUUUCACGUUCUGAAGAACCUCUGACUGAUGAAGAAAGGAACUCAAAACCCAGCAGCAUGUUUGAAGAUGCAGAAGACCAGAAGUGUCUGACAGGACAGAAAAGCUUCAGUGAUACGUUUUAAAACACCCACCUGCAGUAUUGACAGACUUCCCAUGCACUUCCAUUCAAAGAAAACUUUGUUUAUCUGCAUAUGUGUCUUUUGUUUAUUUACAUAUCCUGUGUCUGACAGCACUGUCGAGGACAUUCGUAUUACACCUGUGUCACUUUAUGGAUUUUGUAAAAUGGUAAACGUUCAUUUUUACAUAAUUUGUCACGUUUAUUGUAUUUGUUUUUAAUAAAGAGAA